GCCAAACGCCAAUGAGCUGGUGUUCUGUUGGAGGGAACCGCUUUGGGCGGAAGCGACUUCGGAGACGACAGAAAGCGAGAUGGGGGUGAAAUUGGAGGUGUUUCGGAUGUCACUCUACCUCACCUUCCCUGUCGCUAUGUUCUGGAUUGCCAACCAGGCCGAGUGGUUUGAGGACCAUGUCAUACAGCGCAAGAGGGAGCUGUGGCCACCUGAGAAGGAGGGCCAACGCCAAGAGCUGGAAGCGUUCAAAGAGCGGAUCCGGAAGCAGCGGGAGGAGAAGCUCCUGGGGGCUGCUCGGCAGAACCCCUGAGGCCACCCAGCUUGUACCCAAGCCCUUCCCCGCCACCCCCCCCAAUAAUACACAUCCUCAACCCUGUC